AAAACUGCACAAGAGAAGUUUUACAGACUUAACCUAGUCCUUCCUUCAUCAUGUCAGGUGUUAAACAGUAUGAUUAUAUAGUUGUGGGUUGUGGAGGAAUCGGGAGUGCAACUGUGUACUGGUUAUCAAAGAGAGCGGGAAAACGAGUACUUGGUCUUGAGCAAUUCAAAUUGGGUCAUGACAAUGGAGGCUCGCAAGAUCAUUCAAGAAUUAUUCGCCUGGCUUACAAUGCAUGUGAGUACAUCCCUCUAGCAAGAGGCACUUAUGAGGCAUGGGGAGAAGCAGAGAGAGAGUCUGGUGUCCAACUCGUCUACAAGACAGGUGGACUAGACAUCGCCAAAAAGGGCACCCCAGGACACGCCGUCGUAGAGAUAUUUGCUAGAGCCAUGACAGAACAAAAUGUUGACUUUGAGAGAUAUGAGGGUGAGAGCAUUAAGAAGAAGUACCCCCAGUUCGCGGCCACCCCUCAAUGGACCACUCUCUACCAGAAAGAUGCGGGGCUCGUAGAUGCUGCUAUGGGCAACUCAGUCCACAUCCAGCUCGCUCGCAAGAAUGGGGCAACUAUCAUUGAUGAUGCAGCUGUCAUAAAAAUUGUCAAGCAAGGCAAUCUUACGAAGGUUUGCACAAGCCAAGGUGACUUCCUGUGCAGGAAGGUGAUACUGACUGCCGGAGCAUGGAUGAAUGAUGUUCUCUCUUCCGUUGGAGUUAAGAUACCCCUUACUGUCACGCAGGAACAGGUCACUUACUUUGGUACUCCUCACAUGAAAGAGUUCACAAAAGAUAGGUGUCCAACAUUCAUCCUACAUACGGGCCAAAAAGCAGAGCCCUACUUCCUUCCGCUGCAUGGCAACACUGGCUUCAAGAUCGGGCUAGAUGUGGGAGGUCCAGUAGUCACUGCCCAAACCAGGAACUUUGUACCUGAUAAGAAACGACAAGAGAUAGAGAGGAACUAUGUUGCUGAACUAGUUCCUAGGGCUGUUGGACCGAUCUUGUACACCAAGACAUGUCUGUAUACAAUGACUCCUGACAGAAACUUCGUGAUCGACACCUGUAAGAAGACGGGCCAUCCAGAUGUUAUCUUCUGCUGUGGAGCUGGUCACGCAUACAAAUUUGCGGCCGUGCUUGGUAAGAUUCUCAGCCAGCUUGCCAUCGAUGAGAGGACGACCUUUGACAUCUCUUGUUUCAACAUGGAGAGACCAGCCAUUAUCGAUCCGAACUAUCCCGUCUCUUUCCAGUUAGGAGUGGAUGUGGACGACAACAUGACGUCAAAGCUCUGAUGAGGAACUUCACGAGGGCUCUUGAAAUCACCGAAAGUUUAGAUUUCUAAAUAUUUUAAUUCAGAUGUGUUAAAGCUCAAACUAGAUUUGGAAAGAAGCUGGUUAAAAUGAUUUUGAAUUGUUAUCAUGCAGUAGUUUGGUGGUUUGGAUCGGCAAAUAUACAUAAACUUAUUGGUUGAACAUAAACAAAUAUCACAGAUACUUCUUGUUCCAUUGCUCAUCACGCGGUCGGGACCAGUAGCUAGGUCUUUUUAUCUUUCUUACCUCAUUACUUAGCUGAUAUGCAUUAAAUAUUCUUACCAAUAUCCGUCGGCAGCAUUUUAAUUUUGGCAUAAGACAUUAAAUGUGAGUUUGGAUUGUGUAAGAGCAAUUUUAUCUUCUGUCAUUACUCAGCUGAAAUGCAUUUAAUGUUCCUACCAAUAUCCGUAGGCAGCAUUUUUAUUUUGGCAUAAGAGUUUGGAUUGUAUAAGAGAAAUGUUAUCUUCUGUCAUUACCAGAUCUACAUAUCUUUUAAGAAAAGAUUUAGUGAAUUUUUGAAACAAUUUUUUACUAAUAAAUAAGGAAAUCCCAAAUUGGUAAGUAAGAAUGAUUUAAUAAUUGAUUACCUUGUGUCAAAAAUAUUAAUGUGCAAUAUAUUGUUAUGUUCCUUUUGUAAUUUUCCAUUCAUUUGGGGUAAAUUUUGACCCAAAACUCUUCAACUUCUUUACCCUUUUUCUUUCAAGAGUGUAUGAUAUCACUGAAAUAUCGUUUGGGACUGAAACGGCGACCUAAUUCUAUAAAUUUGUUAUUAUUCUUUCUGCGGCGAAAAAAUAAACAAACAAUCGUUAGGUCUCUAUAUUGUGGUCCCACUGUUUGAAUUUGAACAUAACAUGACAGAUGCUUUGAAAACAAAUUUCAAUUUACGUUUGAUGGUACUAUGAUUGCAUGCUUGUUGUUUAUACUUAACUAUUAUAAGUGAGCAUAUAAGUGAGAAAAAUGAGUCGUAGGGGGAUAUUUCUUUGUUCUUGCAAAUUGUGCUCAAUCGUUUCCCAUUGUCCUCUUAAUAUGUGUAAAACCAAAUAUGUGAAUAGGAACUCCCAAACAUUCUAAACAUUUUCUACCAAUAAUGAUGCAAAAUGUGAAAAGGAAUACACAAUAUUAUAAAUGCAUGAAUCCAUAAUCAUAUGUCAGACAAAAACCGAAACACUCAUCAUAAAGAUUCGGCUUCCCGUCUGAUAAUCCACAUUUUACUUUCAUUUGGAGAUUGAAACAUAAAUAUAUUUCAAGGAGAUUUAAAAGUGAAUGAAUAAAUACUGGUUUAUAUAUGAACACGCUAAUAAUGGUGACCUGGAAAGAAAUGUGGAAUAAGUGAGGCAAAUUAUAUAUUUCACGACCUUUCACUUCGUUUUCAGAUUGUUAUCUACGUAUUUGUCCUAAGAAAUUCAAUCUAAUUACUAUACGCUUCAGUUCUCGAGGGAAACCCAUUGCUCUGUAUCAAACAAAUUGUAUUGUUUAGAAAAAGGAUUUUGAUUUAUGCAUGUAAGCAGCAGUGAAAUAAAAGAGAUCGCAUUGAUAAUAGGAUAGCACGUG